AUGGCUUGCGGGAAGACUUGCGCCCAGCAAAUGUGGGCUUGCGCAAACACGUACCGCCACAAACAAACUUUGUACAAGCCCAGCAAAGUGUAUUGCAAGGCUUCCGUGCCUGAAGAGCCAAAGCUCUUCAAGCUCAAGUGCAAAGUGAAAAUUGCUGAAGAGGAGGUCGUUGAAGCAAAGAAGAAGUGGGAAUACGCAAAAGCGGCCUGCUUCAGCCCGGGUAUUAGUGGAGAACUUGAGUGCCAGUUCAAGCGCAGGGCAAUUGUGCUUGGCAUCUGCCUGGAAGACGCGGAGGCCAACCUUGGCCGGCUCAAAGCUUUAGUGCGCCGUCGCAAGUCUUUCUUGAAGCGCGCUUCUCCUACUGCGAGACUAAGGGAACGUGAAUUGAGGCGAGAGUCUUUGCAUGGUGGAGGAGGAGUGGAUGGAUGCAUAGGAUUGGGACAGGCGCGUAAGGAAGUUGCGCCGGGGAUUUGGGUGUGCACGAUGCGCGCGUACGUCCGAGGGCUUCACUUCGAUGCCCCCACCGUCAAAGUAGCUGUUGCGCAUGCAAGUCACAAGGAGAUUGUGUAA